GAGCUUUAAACGGUUUAAUUUUUUUAAAUCAGGCAAUGAAAUAAACACCUAUGGAGAAGUCCGACUAGGCCAAAGGACAAAAGCGGAGCAGGUUGUGGAGAAUAAAGACAGCCUGUUAAACUGGGGGUAUGUUUGGGUUAAUGUUUAUCCGGAGAACAAGCAGCUCAUACCUCUGCAACCUGAGGAAACCUCCACUUCUCAGGAACAACACGUCUAAAAUGUCGUCGGACUCCCACUGGCUCAGCCCUGCAGACCGGGAUCAGCUGGUGAUGGAGCUCAGGGCCACAGGGUGGAUGGAGGUGGAGGAACGGGACGCCCUCUUCAAGGAGCUUCACUUUAAAACCUUUAAUCAGGCAUUUGGCUUCAUGUCACGAGUGGCUCUGCAGGCAGAGAAGAUGAACCACCACCCCGAGUGGUUUAAUGUUUAUAAUAAGGUCCAAAUCACGCUGACUACACACGACUGUGGAGGUCUGUCCAAGCGGGACAUCAAAAUGGCCAAGUUUAUUGACAAAAUCGCGUUGUCUAUGUAACAUUAUUUGUCCUCGAAAGAAAACAAGAAACUGUUUUGCAAUCAUCCUUUGAUUUUAAUAAAAAAAAAAAAAAAGUGAAAUAUCA